CAUGCCAAUGGGAUCUUUGGAUCACCACCUCUUUCAAAAACAAUCCAAGAAUUUAGACUGGAAGACUAGAUAUCAGAUCAUACUAGGCACUGCCAGGGGAUUGGCAUAUCUCCAUGAAGAAUGUAGAGAAUGCAUCAUCCACUGUGAUAUAAAACCAGAAAACAUUCUAUUAGAUACUGAAUUCUGUCCAAAAUUAUCAGACUUUGGAAUGGCAAAGCUCAUUGGCCAUGACUUCAGCCGAGUACUAACAACGAUGAGGGGAACUAUAGGCUAUCUAGCACCAGAAUGGAUCGAAGGGCUACCAAUAACACCCAAAGCAGAUGUCUAUAGCUAUGGUAUGAUGCUAUUUGAAAUAGUAUCUGGUAGAAGAAACUCAAAAUUGGCUGAAGGAGGGACCAUCAGGUAUUUUCCUGUUCAGGCUGCGAGCAAAGUCAUCACAGGGGAAGUUCUUAGCUUACUAGAUGAGGAUUUGAAUGGUUCUGCGGAUGCUUCGGAGCUGAACAGAGUCUGCAGAGUUGCUUGCUGGUGCAUUCAAGAUUUUGAGGCAGAUAGGCCAUCGAUGGCUGAAGUUGUCAAAAACUUGGAAGGGGUUUUAGAUCUGAAGAUGCCUCCGUUUCCUACAAUUCUUCAACGUCUUGCUGAGGAAGUUUCUGUACUUAGUUACAAUGAGUAAUCACUCAAAUGUGCUCUCAUGUAUCAGAAAAUUCUUACUGUGUGCUAAUGUACGUAUCAUCAUG